AUGAGGGAGGUUGGCGUGGGUGGGAGGAGUUCGGUUUGUUGGAAGGGGGUAGGCGGGGGUGUGAAACGGUUUGUGGUAUUAAUCGAGGAGGCAAGUCGUAUGGGGGGGGAUCGGCUGGUGGGUGUGGGGUUUAGAGAAAGAGAGAAACCGAAGGCCGAACGGUGUGGGAGUCGGCUAGGGAGGAAGCCGAAUGGGGUAGGGGGUGAGGGGUAUCAAGCCGAAGGAGAGAGGGAGAGGCAAGAGCGGCUUGAAGGCGAGUUACGUGUGAGUGUUCGGCUCGUCUCCCUUCUCCUCUUCCUCUCCCUCUUCCUCUCCUUACAUUUCAACACUUCAAGACCACAAGAAUGGAUCAAGGCCGGUUUCUGGUACACCGGCAGCGAGUUCCCGGUGCCCAACAUAAACUCGGCUCUUUUCACUCACCUCAUAUGUGCUUUCGCAUACAUCCAUCCUUCCACCCAUGAGCUGUUCUUACGAGACUCCGAUGAGCCAUAUGUAUCCUCCUUCACAUCCACAAUCAAAAGAAGCAACCCCUCGGUUACCCCACUUUUGUCCAUAUGGACACAGAAUGGAUACUAUGCAGACAACGGGAAUUCAUCGGAUUUUUUAACGAUGGCUGAGAACCCCGUUUAUCGGAAGAGUUUCAUCGACUCAUCGAUCAAAAUGGCUAGGAAUUACGGGUUUGAGGGACUUGAUCUUUCGGUAUCUACUUUAUUGAGUACAAAAGGAAACAUGACCAGCUUAGGGACUUUAUUCGAUGAAUUUCGAGCUGCUGUGGAUACUGAGUUGACUCAUGGUCGUACAAAACUGAUAUUGACCAUGUGGGGGCAUUACUCGCCUGGACUCGACUCGGUGAGUUACCCGGUUGACUCGGUAUGCAGGAACUUCGACUGGGUGCAUGUUAGAUCAUACGACUUUCAUACACCUUUAAAGGAUAAUUUCACAGCCGGCCAUGCAGCUCUAUAUGAUCCAUCUAAUCGGGUGAAUACGGAUUAUGGUAUAAAUGAAUGGAUAAGAAGUGGGUUACCGGCGAGCAAGCUGGUGCUAGGCUUAGCAUACCAUGGCUACGCCUGGACCCUCGUGGACCCUCGAGAUAACGGUAUUGGUGCACCGGCUAAAGGUCUGGCCAUUACAAGAGAUGGGUCGAUGAGUUAUGAGUACAUCAGGAUGUAUCUGAAAAGUUACAGGACUAGUACGGUGUACAACUCGAGUUAUGUAGUAAAUUAUUGCACAAUUGGUUCAUUUUGGAUCGGAUUCGAUGCACAGGAGGCUAUCAGAACUAAAGUUGCCUAUGCAAAAAAGAAAGGGCUUCUUGGUUAUAAUGUAUGGCAGGUCCCUAAUGACUACAACUGGGAACUCUCCAAGGCUGCUGCACAAGAGGAUAAAUACCGUCAUCAGAAGCGAUUAUUGGUGAUUACUUUGUCCAUAGUUGCUUCCAUUAUCCUGCUACUAGGUUGCAUAAUCUGCUACCUGAGGAGAAGGAUCAUAUCAAAAGUGAAACUGAUGAUGAGUCGAGACAAAUCAUCAUCUUACAACCAGCAAGUAAUAAGCUUUGCUGACAUAAGGGAAGCUACAAAUAACUUCUCAGAAGAAAAUAAGCUUGGUGAGGGUGGAUAUGGACCCGUUUAUAAGGGAAGAUUAUCAAGUGGACAAGAGGUAGCAGUAAAAAGACUUUCACAGGAUUCUAAACAAGGACUCGAGGAGUUCAAGAAUGAGGUGAUGAUUGCAACGAGGCUACAACACGUCAAUCUAGUAAAACUCUUGGGAUUCUGCACAGAAAGGGAAGAAAAGAUGUUGAUCUAUGAAUUCAUGCCAAAUAAAAGCUUAGAUUUCUACCUCUUUGAUCCAAGUAGAAGAUCAAUGUUGAACUGGGAGAAAUGGGUUGACAUAAUUGAAGGGAUAAUCCAAGGACUACUCUAUCUCCAAGAGUACUCAAGACUUACAAUAAUUCACAGAGAUUUGAAAGCAAGCAACAUUUUACUUGAUGCUGAGAUGAAGCCUAGAAUAUCAGAUUUUGGGAUAGCAAGAAGCUUUCAGAACAAUGAAAUUGAAGCAACUACUGAUCGGAUUGUUGGAACCUACGGAUGUGUUCCUCCUGAGUAUAUAAAAGAAGGCGUGUACUCAAGAAAAUAUGAUGUUUACAGCUUUGGGGUUCUCCUUCUGCAAAUAAUAAGUGGGAAGAAGAACUACUAUGUCUACGGACCACAUCAAAACCUAAAUCUCCUGGAAUACGCAUAUGUUCUGUGGAAAGAAGGCAGAGGCAUGGAGUUCAUAGAUCCUUCAUUUGAUGAUGCAUUUUCAAGAUAUAAACCAACAAGAUGCAUGCAAGUCGCCCUGCUAUGUGUUGAAGAAAAAUGGGAACAGAGGCCUUCAGUGUUGGAAGUUUCAGCUAUGCUAAGAAAUGAAUAUGCAAAUGUGCCUAUGCCUAAAAGACCUGCUUUCUCAACAAAUAAAUAUGAAGAAGAAAAGAAAAUUGGAACGACUGAAAAGCUCCAUUCAGUUGAUAUUGCAACCAUUUCCCAACUUUUACCUCGUUGAGUUGUAUAUAUGAUUGAGGCUCCCUCCAAUCUUCAUUCAUAUUGUUAGCUUUACGUCCAAAUGUAUAGUUGAUGGCUUUUCCGUGAUAUGAGAAUAUGUGGUACGUCAUCAGAUUAGUCUUCAAAAGAGUCUUUGGCGUGAGAAAAGAGGUUCCAUUGUAAGACUACGACACGGCCCCUCCAACAAAGGCUAGAUC